AUGGGUCCAUCUAGUUCAUCUUAUACACUACAAGUGAGUUUCCACAAUGUGGAGUCACAGAGGUACAUUUCGGACUCCUUACCUCUUCCGGUUCCCAAAUUGGUCCAUUUGAUGUUCCUCCCUUGGAUUGAGACCGUUUCACUCAUGUUUGUCCUCAUAGUAAUCAUGGAGAACCUAUUAAUCCAUGUUUGGGUAAGUAUGGGUCCAUCUAGUUCAUCUUAUACACUACAAGUGAGUUUCCACAAUGUGGAGUCACAGAGGUACAUUUCGGACUCCUUACCUCUUCCGGUUCCCAAAUUAGGUCCAUUUGAUGUUCCUCCCUUGGAUUGA